AUGGCAGAAUCCAUCGGGAUACACACCAUCGACACCAACAGGAUUGAAGCUAACUUAGAGAGAUUCAAUGAAUCUGUGAGAAGAACUAGUGAGAGACUAGCUGGCCGGGCAGGGUCAGUUCCCCCGGAAGAUAGGUUGACUAUUGGGAUGCCGGAUCUACCGCCUGCCAACCUUGGUAAUACCAGUUCUAGAGGUGCAGCAACUACCAGAGGAAGGGGUAGAGGACGUGGAAAGAAGUCAACAGUUAAUACGAGAUCUAGUGCAGCCGCACGUAACCUCGCGGCGGCCACAACUAGCAGUGCUACCAACCCAAGUACCAACGGAACAAAUCCGACUAAUGGCACCAAGAAUGAUACUACCGAAGUCACUGGAACGCAAACUGGAAGUGUCAACCAACCUGAGAGUUUGAUUGAAAGAGACUCGAUAACUGUUAAUGUUACACCCAACGGAUCGCCUGCUCAUCGUAAUACGGUCACCGGAACGGGAAUAAGCCCCCCCCAAGGUUUUCAUUCUUGGUUGGCAGCAAAUGGUUAUACAAUCACUCGAUCUCAAACUACAUCGUCAGCAGUCCCAAACGCCAUUCCAGGAAUUAUUAAGUCGACUAAUCAAGAUACUUCAAAAAACGCGGAACUAAAGAAAUCCUCAGUAAAGUGGGUUGGUAUUAUCGACAAUGCCACUGACGUACCUGCUGGAAAUACGGCCAAGACCUCUGAAACCUCUACGGAGAAUGCUAAAGUGAUCUGUGAUGACGAAGGAAUUGAUACAAAUGGUCUGGUAGUGUUGUUCAAGCAUUUCAAUACGAAAAUGACACAAGUGAAAGGCUAUAUCCCUCUUUCCAUAUUUAAUCCACACUGCCUUCAUCAAGAUCUCUUGCAACAAUCCUUCCGCCAACUUACGACCAAAGAGAAGUUAAGCGACUCUUAUGUGGGAUUGAAUGUACCGCUACAAUGGAGAAUGUCUUUCGGAGAAUGGGUUGUCGCUUUCGAUUUGUUUGUUGCUUAUUGUCGCCAUUACACUCAUGAAGAUUUAGCCAAUAAGUUCGUGGUGCAUAAGCAGAACGUCUUGGAAAUUAUGAAGGAGAACAUGAAUUGGCCUAUUGCUUUCCGUUAUGAUAUCGCCAUCCGGACGACGGUAAUGAUGAUUUGCAAUGCAAACGGGAAUCUUGCAAACCCAGCUGUCCGCAACAAAACUAUUGAGAGACAAUGCUUCAGAGAUACUGAAAGAUACAGCGACUUCCUACCUGCCUAUGCUGACAUAAAUCCUUAUGCAACCGGUGGACCAAAAGAGCAUAUCAACCCCAUCACAGGAACGGAACUUACCAACGCUCCCAUAUCCUAUAAUGGAAACCCCUUUGCUGCCCCCUCCAUGACGCAUUACUCGAACACUGGCGGUAGCAAUCAGAUCCAUCAUCAGAACAACCAACACGGUGGAAAACCGAAUGCUAGAUCGUGGUCUCAUGCUAAUGGGAUGAUAUACAAUGGGUCAGGAGGUGUUGCUUACCAAAGUUCUUCUGAAGACCGACGUAACAGUGGUCGCAAUACUCGUGGUAGAGGAAGAGGGGGCGCUUGGUUCAAUGGUGGAGGUGGUGGUAGAGAUCUCAAUUCCCCUCCUCGUUAUAGUGAUAACAGCCGUCGUGGCGAGGGAAGCGGCUCGUGGCGCCGAGACGAACGUCGUGAUGACCGUAGAAACGACGAUUGUGAUUAUGCUAAGGGUCAUAAACCCUAUGCUGGUAAUGGGAAGGCAAAGUAA